UUAUGGUCACUGAAAUUUCACAAGUUAAUGCAACUCAAAAUUAUCAAGUUAAUCCAGUUCUGUUAACUAAACUUAAACUUGAUUUUCUUUUGGGGCAGUGAGUUUGCAUAUUUUUAAGUAAGGUGAACUAAUUAGAUUUUACAUUGUAUCUCUGGACCUGAGAUGAUACUCACACAUAGAACCUGGACUUCCUGAAACAACUCAAGAAGUCUGGCCUUCCACUGUCCAGCCUGUCCUGUGUUCAUUCAUCACUUUGUGGUCUGGAUCAUCCACAGAAGAAGAUAGGUUCAGACUGCAGAACAGUCAGUUCUUUUGAGAGGAUUAUCAGGGCUCAACUUCCCUAGGACUUCUCCAGGACUUGUAUAGAUCUAGAUGGGAAGAAGGUCAGGCUAUUGGCCCUACGUCACUAAUCAUUCAAAGAGCCAUGACGGACGUCGGAAGUGAGGAUCUGGAGUGUUGAGCUGAGCGACUGAAGUUGUUUUUGUCAGUCUAUUCCUGGCUUCUUCUUGUUCGGGUUGAGUUCAUUUGUCUUUGCGCGUAACACACCUGGUUGGGGGUUCAUAAAUGGAGCCCUGUCCAAGCUAUAUGUUGAGGAAGGAGUGAUCCAGUCAAACCAGCUUCUGUUGAGGAAAUGUUCUGAAGAAUAAACUUUCAGUUGACCAGGCCACUCCCACAGUAACAGAGUAUAAAAAGGCUGAUCCACCACCUUGUCUUACAUCAGCUCCAGCAGGACUUCAGAAAAUCACCUUAGUCAAGUUGAAGCAAGUUUCAUCUGUUCUCUAGGAAAACAUGGUGGACUACUCAGUAACCAUCUACACUGGAGAUGCUGCUCAUUGCAGCACUUUCCAUGAUUUCUACAUCACAUUGGUGGGGACGGAUGGUAGGAGUGACUGCAAGAAGCUCAGCACAUGGGUCCCAUCCUUUACACAGAAUCCGUAUACUCAUAAUGUGGAAUGCACCAAGCCACUUGGUGAACUUUUAGUGAUCAUCAUUCAGAAGGAACACCAUCUGGUGUUCUCAAAAGGCCCGUGGUUUGUUGCUAAGGUGGAGGUGCGAUCUCCAAUGGGAGACAUCUACCAGUUCCCGAUCUACAAAUGGAUCACUGACUCCAAGGAUCACUAUUUCCAGGAGGGAUCAGCCAAGUUUCUCAGUCAAGAAAAACAUAACAUCACCGAGUUAUGUUGGACAAUAGAUCUCGAAGAACAGCAGGCCCUCUAUUGCUGGGAUCAGCUUAAAGAUGGAUUACCACACAACAUGAAAGCCGAGUCCUGUAGUUCACUUCCCCUUGAUGUGCGUUUCUACAACAUCAAGGAACUAGAGAUGGUGUACACUGGAGCUAUAGCGCUUCUUCAGCUAAAACUGUCAGAAUGGGCUGAGCACAAGACAAAGUGGACUAAUAUUGAAGAUAUAAAACACCUGUACUGCUGCCAUCGCACUGAAAUAUCUGACUAUGUCUGCCAGAAUUGGCAGGAUGACUCCUUCUUCGGCUACCAGUUUCUAAACGGAGUAAACCCGAUGAUGAUCCAGUGCUGUAAAACUCUGCCUGAGAACUUUCAAGUGACCGAUGAGAUGGUCUUCAAGGAUGGGAAUCAGAGUCUGACAGAUGAGAUGAAGAAAGGCAACAUCUUCUUGUGUGACUACAAGAUGUUGGAUGGAGUGAAGGCAAACGUCAUAGAUGGGGAGCAGCAGUACCUGGUGGCUCCUCUUGUUUUGCUGCACAAAACUCCUGAUGACAAACUGAUGCCGAUUGCAAUCCAGCUGAAACAGAUUCCAGCAGAGGACAACCCCAUAUUCCUCCCCACUGACUCACGGUGGGACUGGUUGUUGGCAAAGACGUUUGUGAGAAAUGCAGAUUUUAACAUGCAUGAACUCAGUUCUCACCUGCUGCGCACCCACCUGCUGGCUGAGGUGUUCGCAGUGGCUCUGCUGCGCCACAUACCCAUGAUGCAUCCUCUCUACAAGCUUCUUAUGCCUCACUCUCGCUACACGCUGAUGAUCAACUUCUUGGCACGGAAACUUCUCAUAUCUGAGGAUGGUGUUUUCACCAAGUUUGCAUCUUCUGGUGGUGAAGGUAUGAUCACCAUUCUGCGGAAGGCGCUCUCCUCCAUGACCUACAGAUCCCUCUGUUUACCGGAUGACAUCUCUGACCGUGGGCUGGAGGAUGUGCCCAACUUCUUCUACAGAGACGAUGGCCUGAAGCUGUGGAACAUCAUCUACAGCUUUGUGAAGGGAACCCUCCAGUAUUACUACAAGAGCGAUCAGAUGGUCCAGGAAGACCAGGCUCUGCAGCAGUGGAUCGGUGAUAUAUAUUCAAAAGGGUUCCUUUCUGAGAAAAACACAGGUAUUCCAAUGAGAUUCGACACCGUAGACGAGCUGGUGAAGUUUGUCACCAUGGUGAUCUUCACCGGCUCAGCUCAGCACUCGGCUGUGAACACCGGACAGUAUGACUUCAUUGGCUGGAUGCCCAACACCCCAAUGACCCUGAAAUGUCCACCACCCUCCAAAAAGGGAGAAGCUACAGAGGAAACUCUUCUGGACACACUGCCUUCUAUUGAUGUUACCGUGCAUGGAAUGGCCACAGUUUGGCUGCUCAGCAAGCAGUCCACUGACGCUGAGUGUCUGGGUUACUACCCAGAGCAGCGGUUUAUUGAAGAGGUUCCCCUGAACAACAUAAAGGUCUUCCAAGAGCAACUUAAAGAGCUGAGUCUGCAAAUCGAAGACAGAAACAAAGAUCUUGACCUGCCUUACACAUACCUGGACCCGAAGGUGGUGGAGAACAGCGUGAGCGUGUAGGGUUGGAUCCUUCAUCGGUUCUGCUUAAAUUAAUCCAGAACCUGACAGCAUGAGAUAAGUUAGGGUGUUUCUGGGUUGGUGGAGGGAAGCUGCUGCUUGUUAUCUUAGAAAACAUAAAUGAUUGUAAUAAAAAAACUUGUGUUUCUGUAAGAACACAGAACCAGCAGGAAUUAAUUGUGACCUUUGAAGGUGUUUGGAAUGAAAUAACAAGCAGAACCAUAUAUUCAGAUUUUUUUUAUAGUGAUUUUAAAGCUGCAGUACUGUUUUUCAUAUUUAGGAGCUUUUCAACCACAGUUUGAUUAAUAGCUAGAGAUAUUAUUCUGGUGUUCUUUGUUCCAGGGAAUUGAAUAACAUGUUAAACCUGAUUACAUAAUAAACUGAUUUUAAAAUGGCUUCAUUAGUCUGUCUGGACCUUAUUGGGUUUAAUGUUUCAAGUUAUAUAACUUUGGGCAUUCAUAAGAACAGUUUGGGAGCAGAGCCAAAUUUACCAUCAUUAGCAUGCCCAUAGGAGUCUCUUUACAUCCUAGAACGUAAGUUUGCUUUGACUCUGAAAUAGUGUUUAAAUGUGUAAGGAAAAAUCUGUAAGAGGGG